CGAGGAGGGUCUCGAGAGUCCCGACGAGCCCGGGGAGGGGACGUGGGGCACCUGCGCACACCUAAGGCGUGAGGCGGUGUUCUUCGGGGAGAGCCGGGAGCGGCGCCCAGAGGUUUUGGGCAGGGCCCGGCUGGUGGGGCCCUGGGGGCCUGACGGGGAGGGGCGUCUGGGGGUGCAGGAAGCAAACUGGUUGCCUGGGGUGCAGGAGGGUCAGGUGGUUCUCGCGGUGCAGGAGACGUUCUUGGACGGCAAGGAGUUCCCGCAGGGAGCGGGGCCCCCAGAGGGGCCCAGGACCCGAAGGCGCAGGCGGAGGAGGAGGUGGUAGCCAAGAUUCCCCCACCAUACUGCGGGGAGCGCGAGAUGUAGGUCUGCGGGGUGUGGGCAUCGCGAACUUGAAUGCUGCUGUAAGCUGCCGCCCGAGGACAGGCACUGGCUUGCGGGAUCAUCUAUCUCGGCCUGGGCUUCACCAAAAGUAGCUGAAAGAGGCAGAGGCUGGGCAGCAGCAGCAUGCAGCCGGAGGAGGGCACAGGCUGGCUGCUGGAGCUCCUGUCUGAGGUGCAGCUUCAGCAGUACUUCCUGCGGCUCCGCGAUGACCUCAACGUGACCCGCCUGUCUCACUUUGAGUAUGUCAAGAACGAGGACCUGGAGAAGAUCGGCAUGGGCCGGCCUGGCCAGCGGCGGCUGUGGGAGGCUGUGAAGAGAAGGAAGGCCCUGUGCAAGCGCAAGUCCUGGAUGAGCAAGGUGUUCAGUGGCAAGCGGCUGGAGUCUGAGUUCCCCCCUCACCACUCCCAGAGCACCUUCCGGAAGCCCUCGCCUACCCCAGGCGGCCCUACCAGCGAGGGGCCCCUACAGAGCCUCACCUGCCUCAUUGGGGACAAGGACCUGCGCCUCCUGGAGAAGCUGGGGGAUGGCUCCUUUGGUGUGGUGCGCAGGGGCGAAUGGGAUGCACCCUCGGGCAAGACGGUGAGUGUGGCUGUAAAGUGCCUGAAGCCUGACGUACUGAGCCAGCCUGAGGCCAUGGAUGACUUCAUCCGGGAGGUCAACGCCAUGCACUCGCUUGACCACCGAAACCUCAUCCGCCUCUAUGGUGUAGUGCUCACACCGCCCAUGAAGAUGGUCACGGAGUUGGCACCCCUUGGAUCCCUGUUGGACCGGCUGCGGAAGCACCAGGGUCACUUCCUCCUGGGGACUCUGAGCCGCUAUGCUGUACAGGUGGCCGAAGGCAUGGGCUACCUGGAGUCCAAGCGCUUUAUCCACCGUGACCUGGCUGCCCGAAAUCUGCUGCUGGCUACUCGUGACCUGGUCAAGAUCGGGGACUUCGGACUGAUGCGAGCUCUGCCCCAAAAUGACGACCACUAUGUCAUGCAAGAACAUCGCAAGGUGCCCUUUGCCUGGUGUGCCCCUGAGAGCCUGAAGACCCGCACCUUCUCCCACGCCAGCGACACCUGGAUGUUUGGGGUCACAUUGUGGGAGAUGUUCACCUAUGGCCAGGAGCCCUGGAUCGGCCUCAAUGGCAGCCAGAUCCUGCACAAGAUUGACAAGGAGGGAGAGCGCCUGCCGCGGCCCGAGGACUGCCCGCAGGACAUCUACAAUGUCAUGGUGCAGUGCUGGGCCCACAAGCCUGAGGACAGACCCACGUUUGUGGCCCUGCGGGACUUCCUGCUGGAGGCCCAGCCCACUGACAUGCGGGCCCUGCAGGACUUUGAGGAGCCCGACAAGCUGCACAUCCAGAUGAAUGAUGUCAUUACCGUCAUCGAGGGAAGGGCUGAGAACUACUGGUGGCGGGGGCAGAACACGCGGACGCUGUGUGUGGGGCCCUUCCCUCGAAACGUGGUGACCUCCGUGGCUGGGCUUUCGGCGCAGGACAUCAGCCAGCCCCUGCAAAACAGCUUCAUCCACACGGGGCAUGGGGACAGCGACCCCCGCCACUGCUGGGGCUUCCCUGACCGUAUCGAUGAACUAUACUUGGGGAAUCCCAUGGACCCCCCUGACCUACUGAACGUGGAGCUGAGCACCUCCCGGCCCACGCAGCACCUGGGAAGGGUGAAAAGGGAGCCUCCACCUCGCCCUCCUCAGCCUGCCAUCUUCACUCGGAGUAAGUGGGGCCGCUCAGGACGCCCCUGCCCCCUCUGUCCUCUAUCCUCUCCUCUCUUCCCGAAAGAGCCUACUUAUGACCCUGUGAGUGAGGAUCCAGACACCCUGGCUGGUGACUUCAAGAGGCUGGGUCUUCGGAAGCCAGGCCUGCCCCGGGGGCUGUGGCUAUCGAAGCCCUCAGCCCGGGUUCCAGGCACCAAGGCAGGCCGUGGGGGCAGCGAAGUUACCCUCAUUGACUUUGGUGAGGACCCUGUGGUCCCAGCCCCUCGGCCCUGUGCUCCUUCCCUGGCACAGCUGGCCAUGGACGCCUAUUCCCUGCUGGACAAGACUCCUCCCCAGAGCCCCACACGGGCCCUGCCGCGGCCCUUGCACCCCACGCCGGUGGUGGACUGGGAUGCCCGUCCACUGCCUCCACCACCUGCCUAUGAUGACGUGGCCCAGGAUGAGGAGGACUUUGAGGUCUGCUCCAUUAACAGCACAUUGGUGGGCACCACGCUGGCGCCCGGGCCCCACCAGGGUGAGACCAACUAUGCCUUUGUGCCCGAGCCCGUAAGGCAGCCCCCAGCACUGGAGGACAACCUAUUCCUGCCCACCCAGGGCGCAGGCCCGCCGCCUAGCUCAGCACAGACGGCCCAGAUCUUCCAGGCACUGCAGCAGGAAUGCAUGCGGCAGCUGCAGGUCCCCACAGGCCCAACGGCCCCCUCACCUGGCCCCAGGGCCGACGACAGACCCCAGGUGCCACCCCGUGUGCCCAUACCCCCUCGGCCCACACGCCCACGUGUUGAGCUAUCUCCAGCUCCAUUGGGAGAGGAGGAGCUAGGCCGGUGGCCUGGACCUGCAUCCCCUCCUCGGGUACCUCCCCGAGAGCCCCUGUCCCCACAAGGCUCAAGGACGCCCAGCCCACUGGUACCACCCAGCAGUUCCCCACUGCCUCCCCGACUCUCAAGCUCCCCUGGGAAGACUAUGCCUACCACCCAGAGCUUUGCCUCCGACCCCAAGUAUGCCACCCCUCAGGUGAUCCAGGCUCCUGGCCCCCGGGCAGGGCCCUGCAUCUUGCCCAUUGUGCGUGAUGGCCGGAAGGUCAGCAGUACCCAUUACUACCUGCUGCCUGAGCGCCCGCCCUACCUGGAGCGCUAUCAGCGCUUCCUUCAGGAGGUGCCUAGUCCUGAAGAGCCUGCCCAGCAGCCUAUGACCCCCCUGUUGCCACCGCCUAGCACCCCAAUCCCCGCGGCCCCCACUGCCACUGUGCGACCCAUGCCCCAGACUGCCUCUGACCCCAAAGCCAACUUCUCCACCAACAACAGCAACCCUGUCAUCCGGCCACCUGCCUUGCAGAGGGGCCACUUGGGGGAUGGUUUGGAGACAUCGCGGCCUGCAGACAAGGUCCAGAUGCUACAGGCCAUGGUACAUGGAGUAACCACAGAGGAGUGCCAGGCUGCCCUACAGAGCCACAGCUGGAGCGUGCAGAGGGCUGCCCAGUAUCUGAAGGUGGAACAGCUCUUUGGGCUGGGGCUGCGGCCAAGAACAGAGUGUCACAAAGUGCUGGAGAUGUUUGACUGGGACCUGGAGCAGGCUGGCUGCCACCUACUGGGCUCCUGUGGCCCUGCCUACCACAAGCGCUGAGCAUCUGGAGAGUGCGGGUCUGCCCUGAAGGAGUAACGUGAGCUGUGAACGAGCCAGGCUGAGGAAGCUACCUGCCCAGGCCGGAGGACCUGCCUUGCUGUUUUCAGUGCCAGAGUGAGGCUGGCGCCCACCCUGCCCCUCUUUCACCCAGUGCUGACCUGCUCACUUGGGUUUGGUUCCCAGUGUCCCCACCAGAAUGUGGGAAGGGCCCUGUGAACUGGCUGGGACAUCUGAGCCUGGGCCAGGCCCUGCCCAGGGGACCAGACUGGAAGCCAGUGUGACCGGUGGGAGAUACAUGCCUACACAGAGAGGCCGUCAUUGGGCUGGGAGCCCUGCAGGCCCCAGGGGUCGGGCAGGAUUCAGUUUCUGCCCACUGUGGACUGUAGACCUAUUGCGAGGCUCUGCCCAUCUUAGAGGAUCUUGUGCCUGGAGAUAGCCAGGGUGGUUCAGGAAGCGGAGAAGAGGUGCCAGACUUUUCUGGCAGGGACCAGGGCCCAAGGCCCCAUGGUUGGAAGGAGACCAAGGGCCAGCUGCCCUAGGCGGACACCAGUGCUUCCUGUCUGCACCCAACUCUUCCUCUGUGCCGUUCUGUUUCCCACCAGCCUCUGUCGCCAAAGCUGCUGCCCCAGCUAUCAAUAUCUGCUUCUUCCAGAGAAAUAAAAGUUAGUUUCUAUUUUAUGUUA